AUGAGCUCGUACUUCGUGAACCCGCUGUACUCCAAGUACAAGGCGGCGGCGGCGGCGGCGGCGGCCGGGGCGGCGGGCGAGGCCAUCAAUCCCUCUUACUACGACUGUCACUUCGCGCCUGAGGUCGGCGGCCGCCACCACGCCGCCGCCCUGCAGCUCUAUGGCAACAGCGCCGCCGGCUUCCCGCACACGCACCCGCACACGCACACGCACACGCACGCGCACCCCUCGCCGCCGCCGCCGCCGCCGCCGCCCCCCGCAGGCCCGGGCUGCGGUGCCGGGAGCGGGCGCGGCGCCCCGGGGCAGGACUACUUCCAGCACCCCGGCCGCGGGGGCAGCCCGCUCGCUGCCUACCAGGCCGCACCCCCGCCUCUGCCGCCGCCCCCCUGCGGCCCGGGGGCCUGCCCCGCCGCGCCCGCCAAGUUUUACGGAGACGACCCCUUCCAGAGGCAGCCCGUCUUUACGAGCCAGCCAGAGGCCGAGCCGGGCCGCUACCCCGACUGUAAAUCGUCCCGCGCUCCCGUUGGCGACGACCCAGACCGCUUAAAUCAGAGCGCGUCUCCGUCUCACAUGUUCCCCUGGAUGAGACCGCAAGCACCUCCUGGGAGACGGAGAGGAAGGCAGACCUACAGUCGAUUUCAAACCCUGGAAUUGGAAAAAGAAUUUCUCUUUAACCCCUAUCUGACCAGAAAGCGAAGAAUCGAGGUUUCCCACGCACUAGCCCUCACUGAGAGACAGGUGAAAAUCUGGUUCCAGAACCGGAGAAUGAAGUGGAAAAAGGAGAACAACAAAGACAAAUUCCCCGUUUCCCGACAGGAGGCCAAAGACGGGGAGACCAAAAAGGAAGCCCAGGAGCUGGAGGAAGAAGGAGCCGAAGAGGUGGGCUCCAGUCGCAGGCUGCGGGAUGGCGGGGUGCGCGGAGACCUCGGCUCCCACCCGGCGCCCAACUUGGCCACGCCGCCGCCUCGCUUCGGCCGUGCCGCCGCUGCCGACUCGGGCGCGAGCGGGUGCCGAGCCCAGCGCCUGCUCGGGCCCCCGCAGCCGCGCGCUUCCCACGCACCGCCUUCCCCGGGAGCGGGGCCCCGGCGCCCGGCGUGCGCACCGCCCGGCCCUGCCCAGUGGAUUACAGCGGCCGCCCGGGCCGCCCGUCGCCUGCAGCCCCGCAGCUUCCGGGUAAGAGCCCCCCGCCCCGCGGCCAGCUCCGACACCCCGGGGCUCGAGGCGCCCAGCCCCCCUGCAGUCAGCUCCGGUCCCGCGGAGCUCCUAAAUCCUAGGGAAGCCCCCCCACCAGAAGGGGCGGCGGCAGACAGGCCCCCCACUGCCGGGAUGGAGAACUGCCGGAUCCGCACCGCGGGAAGAAUGCCUGGGGUGGGUGACUUGCAGGCCCUGCCCCAGGCUGGCCAGAAUCUGGGGAGCCCCAAGUUGGGGCUGGCAUCGUGGACGAUCCUCAAAAUAAGUGCAUUUGCCAGAGUUCGGCUUUCUGAGCUCGAGAAGCAGGAGAAAUUGGAACAAAGACAGUAUUUCACUCUGGGCUGGCAGGCAGCUGUUAGAGGUAUUUACGGCUUUGCCGCAGUGCGGCCGCCCGGCAGGGCACUUGGGGGCACCGGAAACUGGGAAGAAGCCACCAAGAACUCGGAAUUCCGAUUUUAG